CAAAGCCAAACUUGAGCACGAAGUAUGUGACGGUUUCUUCGGAAAACGACACAGAAAUUUAUAGGUAGCAAACCUCUAAAUGCAGAGGGAAAAAAAUCGAUACAACCUCUCAGGCAAAGUGAUUUUUACAGCCUCCAUAAAACUCGAGCCAAAUGUCUGCUGUGUGACACUUUCAUUAAAGACUCCGAGAAAGAAGAUGACGUUUUGGAUUUCUAUCGAGAACAGAUGAAUUUCACGACGGCGGAACCGGAAACAGAAUUUCAUUCAGAACGAGUGACGACUCCAUAUCUAUUAUACAACUCUUUCUCACUACCAAAGAAAAAUGAAGUCGACGUGGUAGGGCUGGGAGUCGGUGUCUUCUUUUGUGUCCUUGGCGUUACCUUGGUGAUCUACUGCAUUACGAGGGCGUCCGGCUGUUACGGGAGUGGGAGAACUCCAUCCGCAGAAAUCAAAAUAACCUACUUUGAGGAUGAUGCCAUUACCGGCAUUGCUGUUCCUGUAGAUAUGAAGAGUGAAAGCACUUCUGAUGAUAAAAGCAGGCCGACCCUGGAUACGCUGGAAAUACCACGCGAACACAACAUGUACUCCCUCCCGCCAAACGUGUUCCCCGAGCCCAGCAUGGAGACAGACUGUUUUAUACAUCAGGAAAAGCCCACGGAAAGUGACACAAUUGUCGGCUUAAAACGAAUGGGAAUACUGUAAACCAUGGACUAUUUUGUCAUUUUUUUUUCUCAGACACCAAUUCACUUACAUGUAUCAUUGUCAAAUCCUUUGCAUAGCUACGUUUGUUUAUUUGUAACUGACUAGAAGGCCAGUGAUAAAGCAAUAACGCAUAAUAUGACCUUAAUUCUUCGACCUAUAAAACGAA